GCUUUGAGCAGCAAAACAAUAUUGGGACCGAGAGCUGGAAACGCUGCCUCAUUUCCAUCCCGUGUGAAGCUUGGAGACGAUCCCUUAUCGUGGCAUUGGCCGAUAUUAUGGAAAAAUGUGAUUCACCCUGCGCCAAUGGAAAGGGUGAACGUCUAGCUGGGAAACCCCCAAACAUUCAGGAGUUCAGGUGGAGCAUGCGAUCGUGUGUGGAGUCAGGCAAAUGGUGAGAGGACUGCUCUUCAUUCAUCAGCAAAGGGUUGUUCUCAGGUGUGGUUUCUUUACGUUUGACUGGAAUUUUAUUUGCGUGCAUAAACAGAUACAUGGAUACAAGGAGCGGCAUGGAACUCUCUGCUUCCUGAGCUGUUGUUAGAAGAACAGAGAAACUGGCAGCAAUCCACUGAUCCAUUACAUGAUGUGCCAAGAACCGUCGUUUUCCAUAAGGUUAUAAGUUCACCUUCAAGACCAAAGAAAGUUCCCUGUGUGGCACACAUGCAGCUUUGAUUCAAAGUUUGUCAUCUUGACGCAUCUUCUUUUCAACAAGCUCAUCAAGGCUGACAAGACAGAUAUAUUUCUUCAUUCUAACUACCUCUUGAAGCUCCGGAUUGCCAUCACUCUUUCGAAUUCAUAGGGAGCCUUUAUUGCCUAGUUCAGGAGAGGUCUUGGAAUCCUUUCUCUGCAAAACAUGGCUGCUGUAGUCCAGCACAACGAGUUUGUGUUUGAGUUUGCAAGCAAUGGAAUGGAGGAUAUGCAGCAGCUUGAAGAUCCUCUGCCAUUUCCUGCCGUUAUAGUGGAACAAGUGCCAAACACAGACUUGUUCUAUUCAAGCCUGGAUUGUGAUGAUGUUUCUACUGGAAUGAUGGACGACACCUCUCUAGAUGUUGUAGAGGAACAAAUAAUAGAGGAUAACAUUGGCCUUUCUGUGGUAACUUCCUGCCAGAAUGAAGAUGAAACAAUGGAGACCAUUGAGGCUGCUGAAGCUCUUCUUAACAUGGAAUCCCCAAAUGCCAUUUUGGAUGAAAAGCGAAUGUUUCAUGGAUAUACACACUCUUUGGAUGAAGUAAUCACAGAAUCCGUUGAGCAAGGCACUAUCUCAUUGGAAAAAAUCCCUGGUGUCAUCAAAAGAUAUUCAUCUCAGAUGGCAGCUGAUGAAGAUGACUCUGCAUAUGAGUCUCCUCGAAAAAACGCACUUAAACAAAGGAAAAAGAAAGGUCGGAAGAUUAAACCUUCUCGCCCAUCUUCGCCUGUCACAGCUCCACACCUUCCAAUUAAAAAGAAAAAUAAGGAUGGAAAAGGGAACACGAUUUAUCUCUGGGAGUUCCUGCUGGCUCUCUUGCAAGAUAAGAACACUUGUCCAAAGUAUAUCAAGUGGACGCAGAGAGAAAAGGGUAUUUUUAAGCUUGUGGACUCGAAGGCAGUGUCAAAAUUAUGGGGAAAGCACAAAAAUAAACCAGAUAUGAAUUAUGAAACAAUGGGCAGAGCCCUGAGAUAUUACUACCAGAGAGGGAUCUUGGCCAAGGUGGAAGGUCAACGGCUGGUGUAUCAGUUCAAAGAGAUGCCCAAGGAUCUGGUGGUCAUUGACGAUGACUCAACUGAGCAUGUCACACCUAACAUGAUGACCUCAUCAGAUUAUUCAUUGCCGACGAAGAGGAAAAAUGCCACCCAUGGAAUCCUCCAGUUGCAGAAUGUAGGCAAGGUGGCAACUGUGCCACAGUCAGUGCUGGUGCAGCACAUUAAGCAAGAGCCCACAGAGUCGCUGACUCAGCCCACUCAGAAAAGAGGAGGGCAACAGGGCCACAUCUUAACAACCAUGCAGGGGCCACAGAGCAAUCAAGUCCUUCAGCAAGGACUGCCAGAUGUGACCAGAGCUUCUGUAACUAUGUCUUCAGCUGCACAGACGAUCAGGACAAUAAGCGUUCCAAGCCACGUUCCUAUGAUGAUGACUUCUGGUGCACAUGCUGUUGGUACUUUGAUGUUGCAGACUAUACCACUUACUUCCAUGCUGUCUGGAACAGACCGCUGUCCUUCCAAAAUUAUUUUACGUGCCAUUCCUUGUUCAGAAGGAUCUAAGGAAACUGUCACAAUCCAGGCCACUUUGUCUCCCACAAUAAAUGGAUUUGGCUUCACUGAGGCCCAGCAGGCCCAGCUCAUUGCCUCCAGUCUUUCAUUAUCUGAUAGUGGAUUUCAGACAGUCAUAAAUAAUUGUGUGCAACCUUCCCUUGAUGGCAUCACACAACUGGUGACCCUCAACAGCGUUGGUCAGCCUGUGGUUGCACACCGUUCGGGGAGUGUAAUUGCCACGGUGCUUAAACCACCCGAACAUAUUCUGGACACUUCUGAAUUUCAAGGCGUGGUCUCGAGUGCACAUGACCCCAUUCCCAGAGUCAAAAUGGUGGUGGAGCCUGGUCCUCUAGUGGACGACGAGUCCAACUAUCAGCAUCUCAACACUGUGCUGCUGAGCAAUCCCAAUGGUAUCGCAACGUCUGUCAUAAAGAUGGAAGGAAUGGACAGACACUUUGAAACUAUCGUUCAAGGCUCUGAGAACCUCAACAGUUCAUUGUCACAGAGCCUGAAUUGUGCUCUCACUCCUGUGGUGAAACUGGAAGCCAAUGACGAGUGCUCAGUAUCAACCCUGCACCCAGACCACAAACAUGAUCAAGAUAACACCCUCCUGGAUACGGAUCUCCACGAUACCAUGCCAUUUCUAAAACUGGAUAAUUCCCAGACAUUUGCACAUGCAGAAAGCUUACUUUACUACCCUAGUAAUGUGACUUCUUGUCUAAGUGCCAUAUCCACUCCUGCAAUGGUUAAAACAGAGCCGACAGAUCUGUAAAUAAUGUAGAAAGCAAUAUCUACUGUAUCUCUCACAUGUUGGACUGGCGUUUGGCCAAUCUAAUCGUGAAGGAUUGUAAAUAAGCAGUUAUUGAUUCAGAAUAUUUAAUACUGUGUCCAGGCCAUCAUUGUCAGUUACAAUUUGAAAGAAUGUUAUUUUAGAUCUAAGCAUCAAUACCAGAGAAGUAAUCAAGGGACCUAAAUGGUGCAAUGAUUUUCUAGUCGUAUGUUUUGAUGCAAGUUUGAAACUUCACUUACACUUUUCUCCCUUUGUCCAUCUUUAUUGUUCUUUGACUGUCUAGUUAAAAUUAUUUAGAUGUGCCUUGAACUCGAGUUCCGAGGCUCUUCUUAAUAAUUACCAUCUCGGUCAAUGCUCAGCAGAUAUUUCAGUGAGGGUUAGAUUAAGUAACCAAUUAAACAUGGGUAGUCACCUUUAAACCUUACUGAACAUUGGUUUCGGUGACCAGUUGUCCAGGAAUUGAACCACCCCUCAUGGUUUGGUUCCAAAACCAGCAUGAAUGAAAGUUGCACAAAAAGAAAAUGCUGCAGAUGGAGAUCUGAAUUAAUAACAGGGCUGGAAAUACACAAUGGAUCAGGUAGCAUCUGUGAAGAGAGAAACAGUUGAUCUUCAUUGAUCCGAAUCAUGAGCUUGGUUUCUCCCUCAAAAGAUGCUGAUGGAGGGAAAGCGAAUUGUGCUGCAGUUUUAAGGAUCCGUCAAGAGGCGUAAAUCCAAUUCAGCUUUUUCUGCUAUACCAUAUUUUUCAACCAUGUGAUGUACCUGGAAAUAAACAAUUCACUGUUCUCCAAAACAUUCCCACAGUUAGGUACACUCUCUUGAAAGUGGUGAAUUAAGUUAAAUUGCUUGAUGGUACAGCUUUUUUAAUAUCUUCCUCCCCCAACAUAUCUUGCCAAAACAGUGAACAGUGUCCAUCUGCAGUGAGCAUGCAACUUAGCUUGUACCAGCCUAAGCACAAUUAUGUCUCCUUUGCUCUAACAUAGCCUAUUUAUGUUUUUUGUAAACCUUGUUUUGGAAUUAUGUUUUCUUAUCAGAAAUUUGACAUUUAGGAAAUAAUAUUGAAUGUAAUUUUAGCUUACCAUGAAGAUGGGAUGACAAACCACAAGAUGAAUAUUUUAUAUCAAAUUGUUAAUUCCUUGUAGAAUAAUUGCAGAAUAUUAUAUUUUCAUAUGUGAUAUGAAAAGAAUUCUUCAGGAAAAAAAUGUGAACUUGGGAUAUUUUGUAAGAGGUUUUUGUAAAUAUUUAUCUUUGAUAAUUCAAAAUGUAUACAUUUUCUAAUGCUACACAAUUUCCUCGGGCUUUGUUUUUGACCAGCUUCCUGUCAGUUUAUCAUUGGAAGCUUAUGUGGAUGCUUCAUCGGAUGCAGAGGUCUAUAUUGAUACUGCACCAUCUCAAGAAAAAAAAAAACAUGGGAGAGUGAGAUUUCAUUGACUAAAAUAAAAACAGGUUAUUUUACAAAUUGUUUGAAUUAGACAGCUAUGUUAUAUUUUGCAUAUGGUUUGAAAAACAUGCUUGGAAUUUGCAGCUUUCGCCACAGCAGCCUAUGGUAUUUGGACCAUAUUCAUGUUCUCCAAAGAUGCUGUAUGACUCCAGCACUGUGUCUUUCUUUGUAGUUCCCUGUUUCUAUAGUUGGAAUUGUCGUCUGCUUUAUCAACAUCUCAUUCCUUUUCCAGUGAGCAUUGCAGCACAUCAGUUAUGUGGGCCGCCAAUUUAUUAUCUAACAUCUGUUACCCAAUUUGAAAUUAAUUUUAUUGGAAGGAUCUAAUGCAAGGAAUUUAGGUCACCCGAGCAAACCAAGUCACAGUGUUCCUCUUUAACCAGUUGAAGGAUGUAGAAAAUCAGAAAAUAUAAGUUGGAAUAUUCAAUUCAACGUUAAACUAAAUACAGAAAUGAAAACAGAGAGGAAAAGAAAGCAUUGCAAGAAAAAUUAGCUAAAUGCCCCCAACUUUAAUUAAAAUCUGAAGGAAUGAGUUCAGGUGUAAAUUUUUAAUAUCAGUUUAUUUUACAGUUAUUAAGAUUUGUUAAAUCGUUAAAACUUUCUUAUACUUGAAUGGACAAGCAUUUUGUUUAGUGGAUUUCACAUUAAUGCUUAACAGUUUUUUGUUUUCUUAAUGGAGAGCACCCAGAGAAGAAGACGUUAGCUAGCAACUUACGAGCUUCCCCCAUGUAAUUACAUGCCUGUGAUCAUUGCAAUUUGGCGCAUAAUUUACAUUUCACGUGAAGUUGAGGAUUGGUGCUGCAAAAUUUGAAACAUCUUUGUCCUCUAUUUUGCAUGCAUUAAAAUCAUUGAUACAGUCAGCCAGACCAUUUUCUAACCAGUUGCGUGUUCAGCACAGUUGGACAGUGUGUUUUUGUUUAGCUUUUUUGUUCUGUCAUUUCUCCUAUUUCACACCAUGAUUUUCUUUUUUGUAUCAUGCCCCCACAUUCAACGUCUCCCUAUUUCAACUCAGUUUAACAGAUUCAGCUUUCACUUAAGACAAAUAUUAUGUGCUCACUCAAUGGUCCCCUGGGUAAGGACAUUCUCUCCUUGCUUUGUGUACAGACCAAUUAGUUUGUAGAUUUGAUCCUGGCUCUUUGCUAAGCUGACUGAUUUUAACUCUCUUGAUAAUUGAUGCUAUAACAGACUUGCAUGUUAGAUUGAUUUCCAUCCAGUGACCCACUGCUUGGAAAUACGUGCUGAAGGUCAACCGGUGGUAAAUGUACACAUUAAAUAGCUUAGUUGCUUUCCAGGCAGAAGGUUGUGUUUCUAAAUACCACUCCAGAGACGAGCACCGAAUCUGGGCUGCACUUAUACAUAUUGAAACAGGACUACAGAACAGUCAGAGGUAUUGUAUUUCUGAUAAGGUAAUAAUCAGGCUGGUGUGUAAGAAAACAUGACCUCAUUUGAACAAGAACAGGAGUUUCCACAGGUUUUCUUGACUUUGUGGUAUAAAUAUUAUUUGUUUGUUAUCCAACACCAGAUGAUCUGAUCAUCCAUUUAAUUGCUUUUUAUGGGAAUUUUGUCUUUAAUUUAGUUGGUACAUUGCCUUCUUGACACCAGGUCUACAGAUCAUUAGUUGAAGUGCUUUUGGACCGGAGCUAUCAUAUGAAUACACAUCCUCCUCUUUUCCCUUCAACUGUUGGAACUGAUUAUGAUAUUGUGUUUCUCAGUAAAACCUACGAAAACCCCUCUUGUAGUGAACAAUGAUAAUUUAAACUUAGGACAGGAAGGGGCUACUAACAUUUAUUGUCAAUAUGUUAGCUGAAAGCAAAGGAAAAAUGAAAAUGCUGGAAAUAAAGUGAGGCAGCAUCUGUGAAGCAAGAAACAAGGAAUGUAACAGAUCAAACAUCUUUCAUGUGUGGGAAGGAACUGCAGAUACUGGUUUAAACCGAAGAUAGACACAAAAAGCUGGAGUAACUCAGCGGGACAGGCACCAUCUCUGGAGAGAAAUAAUGGGUGACAUUUCGGGGCGAGGCCCAUCUUCAGACUCAUCUUUCAUGUGUCUAAUUUACCUGUUCUCAUGUCUUGCCAUUGACUUGAAACAUUAGCAGCUUCCUUCUCCAUGGAUGCCAUCAACUCUGAAUAUUAUUGAAUGAAGAACUGGAAAGUGGGGACAGUGGAAGAAAUGCUGGAUGGGUGAAGCUUGCCUACCAGACUACUCUCGGAUUUCAGCAUUUGACACUUUGACAUAAAGGUACAAGUAGGGCCAACUGAAAAUGAGCACGUACCUAAAUUGACCCAGAUAUAUCAUCUUCAUUAUGGUGGUCAUUUAUAAAACAUGAA